UACCCUUGCUCUCUCUUGAACCUGGCCCUUCCUGCCCAGCGUGAGGGAUGAUGUCCUCGGCUUAGCCCACCUAUGGAGGAGAUGUGGACCAACACCACCAAUGAGACUAUCCGCAUGUGCCCCGACUACCGCUUUUACCACCGCCUACACCUGGUAGGCUAUAGCUUGGUGCUUGCUGCCGGUCUGCCCCUCAAUGCCUUGGCACUCUGGGUUUUCCUCCGAGCCCUCCAUGUCCACUCAGUGGUCAGCGUCUACAUGUGUAACCUGGCAGCCAGUGACCUGCUUUUUACCCUCUCUUUGCCCCUACGACUCUCCUACUAUGCCCGCCACUACUGGCCCUUUCCAGACCUCCUGUGCCAGGCGGCAGGGGCUGCCUUCCAGAUGAAUAUGUACGGCAGCUGUAUUUUCUUGGCCCUCAUCAACGUGGACCGCUUUGUUGCGAUUGUUCACCCGCUCAGGCUCCGCCACCUCCGCCGGCCUAUGGUGGCCAGACUGCUCUGCCUGGGGGUCUGGGCCCUGAUCCUGGUGUUUGCGGUGCCUGCCGCUUGGGUCCAUUCCCCCUCUCCCUGCCAUUAUAAGAACAUCACCGUCAACCUGUGCUUUGAGAGCUUCAGUGAUAACUUGUGGCAGGGCGGGCUCCUGCCCCUGGUACUCCUGGCUGAAGGCCUGGGUUUCAUGCUGCCCUUGAUAACCAUGGUCUACUCUUCCAGUCGGGUCUUCUGGACUUUGGCCAGGCCCCAUGCCACCAGGAGCCAGCGCCGCAGGAAAACAGUGCGCCUUCUGCUGGCUAACCUGGUCAUUUUCCUCUUUUGCUUUGUGCCCUACAAUGCCACCCUGGCUGUGUAUGGACUACUUCGGGGGAAGCUAGUAGAUGCCAGCUCUGAUGCCCAGAGCAGGGUGCGCAAGGUGUUGGUGGUGAUGGUGUUGUUGGCCAGUGCCAACUGUGUCUUAGAUCCCCUUGUAUACUAUUUCAGUGCCGAGGGCUUCAGAAACACUCUUCGGGGCCUGGGAACCACACGAUGGGUCAAAGCCAGAGCCGCCAGCAGGCCUCCUGGACUACCUGGCGAGCGGGCGAGUGGGACCGCCUCCGACAAUCCUGAAGAUGCCUCUCACCGGGAGUUGCUCUCGCCUGCGCCUCUGGAGAAGUCCUUCAACCACUCCAUCAAGGAUUCAGCCAUCUGAGCAGAAACCCCCGGCUGAACUUCCUCCUUUCCUCCCCUUCUCAUCCCCUUUAUGAGACUGCACGGCAGGGCGGAGAGAGGAUCCAGUGCCCAGACUCCGGUUUCUGUCUUAGCCCGUUUCCAGGAACAGAGAAGAGAUAUGAAGAAGAAAGAGUGCUUGAAGAAAAGUCCUUUCCGCUUGCCCCUGUCCCAAAAUAGGGAAACCUGGAUAAUCUGCUUCUAAAUUUGGUCCCUCGUGAAGCCCCCCCCAGGUGAACAAUCUGUCCGGGAGUCUCCUCUCUGAACAUUUCUCUGCAAGGGUGCGUUCUUGGGCUGUUGGGCCGGGACCCCUUUCCUCUGUUUUGGAGGGCCGGGGUCCUCAUAAGGACUAACUAAUAAAAGCGGAAGUAGAA